UGCCCCAUUCAUUCUAGUUCGAAACCCGACGGCGGACGGUACACAUACCGCGUAAAUCGUCUCGACACGCCGCUGUACAGUCCGCGACGACGCGAUUUUAAGUUUCCGCACAUAAAAACAGCCUAUACACAAAAAAACGCACACAUUAUUGUAUACAUAAAAAACAUAUGCACACGAAAUCUUGUCAUUUUCGGUCUUACGUUUUUUUUCCGUUCUUAUAAAUAAUAAUGUGAAUACACAUCGUUUACGAUCGAUUUACGCGUAUAUUGUUUUUUUUUCAAUCGGUCGGUUGUUAUUUCGUUUCUUCGUUAACUCCAUCACGUGCGGUGGUCGGUGUUUUUUCUUUAAAAUUAAAUUUACAUUUUUAUCGCACGCGCAAUAAAAAUUAUCGGUGUGCAUUCGAAAAACAAUGCGUGCAUCUCUGGGACCAGGAAAUUACAUUUGAAACGUCAUUGCCGCUCUAUCUUUGGAAACUAACGAAUUCCGACCCUGCCUUACCUAUAUACCUACGAUCACCUAUUAAACUCGUCAAUACUCCACACGGCCUUACAUUAGACUUAAACGAUGGGAGACAAAUCUCGCAAAAACAGCGCCACUCAGGAUGUGGAGGCUAACGGCACGACAGAUCAACAACAACAGGUGGAAGCUGUGGCUAAAGCCGUGCACGGCCAUCCGGUAUCCGAACAUCCAACCACAUACUGUGAGACACUAAUGCAUCUUUUAAAAGGAAACAUAGGUUGUGGUAUGUUGGCCAUGGGAGACGCAUUUCGCAACGGAGGCCUUUUGAUGGCGCCGAUUCUCACAGUUUUCAUUGGAACUGUGUGCAUUUACAACAAUCACAUACUGUUAAACGUCGCUCAUAAGCUGAAGAGCCGACUGAAACUCGAACACUGCCCGACGUUCUCAGAGACCGUCGAACUGUCCUUUGCAACUGGACCCAAGAGCUUGCAGAAACAUGCGGACUUGUUUAGGACCACUGUCAACGUAUUUGUCAUAAUUACUCAGUUGGGAUUUUGCUGCGUGUACAUACUGUUUGUGUCCAGCUCCAUUAAACAGUUUUGCGACGAAUAUGGAACCGUGUUGGACAUUCACAUCCACAUGAUUUUCGCUCUGGUGCCCAUAAUGUCGUGCGCCAUGAUAAGGAAUUUGAAAUUCAUCGCACCCCUGUCGACGGCCGCCAACAUAUCGAUGGCCAUUGGUCUGGGCAUUAUUCUGUCGUACUGCGUAGUGGACUUACCGACCCUCAACUCCAGAACAGCCGUGGCCCAUUGGUCGCAAAUCCCCCUGUUCUUCGGCACAGCUAUUUACGCUUUCGAAGGAAUUAGUCUGGUAUUGCCCCUGCAAUUGGAAAUGAAAACACCAAAUAGAUUUGCGUCAACUAUGGGAGUGUUGAACGUCGGCAUGACCAUCGUGACCUUUAUCAUUCUGACCAUGGGCUUUGUGGGAUUCUGGCGGUUCGGCGACGACGUCAAAGGAAGUCUCACGCUCAACCUCCCACCCACUCUCAUCCUUUCAAAAAUCGUGGUCGGUCUGAUGGUAUUCGCAAUCAUCUGUACUUACACACUGCAGUUUUACGUGCCGGUCGCUAUCUUAUGGCCAUCGGUACAAGAAAAAUAUGGACCGUUCCAAUCGCCCGCCCUCGCCGAAUAUCUUUUGCGUGCCGUAUUAGUUUUUGCUACAUUUUUGGCGGCGGAAGUGAUACCUCAUCUGGCACUGUUCAUAUCGUUGGUCGGGGCCAUCGCCAGCACGUUCUUGGCCCUAAUAUUCCCACCCAUAUGCCAUAUGGUUGUCUGGAAGGACGAAGGAUUUGGAGCGUUCAAUUGGAAACUUCACAUGGACAUCAUUACUAUAGUCUUAGGUCUGUUAGGAUUCGUAACUGGUACAUACUUCAGUUUACAUGACAUUAUAGUUGCAUUUAGCAAAGAUUUUGGUUUCCAUUGAUCGAAAUGGCUGCCAAUCUCAAUCACCUAAUAGACUUAGUAAAUGCACUGUUAUGUUUUUAAAUAUUUUAUUAUUAUGACCUAUAUUUAUUAUAUUGUUGAGUUAAGUAUAUAUUUAAAAGUUAGGAAAUCACAUUACAACGCUCCACCAAAUUUAGAACAAAGACUUUUAAUUUGUUUGUAAAUUAUUUCUGUUUAUUGUCUAAUAAAAUAAAUUAAUAAGUUUUUAUUUAUUCUAAACAAGUAGUAUUAAAAAUUAACAACGUAUAAUGUAUAUUAUAAUUCUGUAAUAGACUAAUAGCCAUGAAUCCAACAUCAUAAUAAUGGGGUAAUUUUAAUUCGUUUUCGUUUUCUUUGACUUUUUUGUUGCCUUUUUGGGCGCCGUCAUUUGUUGUACUUUCUGAGGUAUCUCGGUGAAUAUGAUUGUACCAAUAAAUACCAAAAGAGUUCCAAUCCAGUGGUACAAAGUGAAUGGAUUGCUGAAGUACAAUAUACUAAACAAUAAGCUGGCAAACUUUCGCAAUGUUAUAACCAGUGUUACUGUCAACGACGAACAUUCAGUUGUUAAAAAGUAAACUGAACUUAUACAAACAUAUCUAUGAAAAUGUUGUUAAGAAAAAAUUCAAAGAAAAUAUCUUAAAUGUAUGUAAAUUAUUUUGGCGUACAAACAUAUGUUUUUUUUAUAAACAUUUUCAUUGAUUGACAUUUCAACAUCAAGGUUAUUAUUAGCCACAUUUUAAUUAAAGCUAAAUCAAGUUAUAAUAAUAUAUUACUACUACUUUGUUUUUUUUACUUGAGUUUAUUACAAUGUAUUAAAUUGAUACACAGUUUAAAUUUGCGCUUAGGUACAGAGUAGUUGAUCACUGUGUCUUUAAUUAUUAGGUUUUCAUUGUACAUGUAUUAUGCUGUUUAAUAAAAUUAUAAAUUUCCCCC